UAGAUUGUUCCUCUUUUCUCCCCACCCCAACCCACCCCUCUGCAAUCUUUCUCAAAUCCACCAUCUCUAACAUACAUUAAUUAUAUCAUAGAUAUAUACACACACUGAUAGACCUACAAUUUAGACAGUAAAUAUAUAUAUAUAUAAUGGGAGCAUACAGAGCAGAUGAUGAUUAUGAUUAUUUAUUCAAGGUUGUAUUGAUCGGUGAUUCAGGUGUGGGUAAAUCAAACCUUCUUUCAAGAUUCACACGUAACGAGUUUAGUCUCGAGUCAAAGUCAACCAUCGGUGUUGAAUUCGCAACACGUAGCAUUCGUGUUGAUGAUAAAGUCGUUAAAGCUCAGAUUUGGGAUACUGCUGGUCAGGAAAGAUAUCGCGCAAUCACAAGUGCCUACUAUCGAGGAGCUGUUGGAGCAUUGCUUGUCUAUGAUGUCACGCGUCACGUAACUUUUGAGAAUGUAGAGAGAUGGUUAAAAGAGCUCCGAGAUCACACGGACUCUAGCAUCGUCAUAAUGCUGGUGGGUAAUAAGGCAGAUUUGCGUCAUCUGCGGGCUGUUUCGACUGAGGAUGCCAAGGCAUUUGCAGAGAAGGAAAGUACAUUUUUCAUGGAAACAUCCGCUUUGGAGUCCAUGAAUGUGGAAGAUGCCUUCACAGAAGUGCUCAUUCAAAUACACCGUGUUGUUAGCAGGAAAGCUCUUGAAGUAGGAGAUGAUCCGGCAGCACUGCCCAAAGGGCAGACGAUUAAUGUCGGAGGCAAGGAUGAUGUUUCUGAAGUAAAGAAAGCUGGGUGCUGUUCUGCUUAGAACGAAGAGUAAUCUAAAUGGUAUAAGAGAUUCUUUUUGUUUUGAGCUAAAUUUGUACUUCAACCUCUAUAUACUAGGAAGUAACCACAUGGAUUGCUUAGCACUGACAUUGUUGAAUUGAGUGCAGUCCCAAGAUUGAAUAUCCAAGUGAUUUCAUAGCAUUCUUUAUCCUUGUUUCUAUAUUUUGCUUCAUUUGGGCAAUGAUUAUAGUAUUAGCUUCUUAUAGGGUAUAUUUGUUUGGAAAAGAUUUGAAUCGAGACAUGUAUGAACACAUUUUAUCUUUGCCUUGUACUUGGUUGUUUGAUUAGUUGUGGACUGAGGAAUAUUUUCAAUUUCUCAUUUUACAGAAGAUAA